UGCUUGUGCACGUGAGAGCGCGAGAGAGAGAGGCUAAAAUUUAUUUUCGGUGCUAAAAUUUGAACAAGUCAUUGGACGUAACUGGUAUUUGACAAUCGACUGAUUAUAUUGCAUUUUAACAGUGUCAAGAUGUCAGAGAAGAAGAAAAUGGUGUCGGCUUUUGCCGCCUACCGCAGCCCCCCAACCGCAAAGAAUGCACAAAAAGGAGCAAAGAAUGCCGGCAAGAACGUGGCCGCCAAAAACACAAACAGGAACGUGGCUGCCAGAAACGCUAACAGAAACAUGGCCACCCAAAAUGGUGUCAAGCAGAAGGGUCAGGCACAGAAGAACGGCAGCUACAGCGACGCCGCUAACUGCAGUAGCAGCGAGGAUGACAGCUCCGACAGCGGCAGCGAGCACAGCCAUUGCAGCUCCCAUUCGGAUGACUCGCACGAGGAAUACACGCUGAAUAGCCACUCUAGCACAGCCAGCCAGUCCCAAUCCUCACCGGAAGCACUGGUCAAUAAACGCCAGUCACUGAAGCGACGCCUCGAUAAUGAGUUUAAGAGCAAACCCAGUGGCGCCAAGCGCACUUCAUCCACUCCAGAGGGCCCGUCGACAUCGGCUGCCUGGGCCACACUAGCAGAACAGCAGCCAAAGGCUUCCACCAGCGCCAGCAACAAACGCAAGUCGCUGCCAGUUACCACAACACAUGCCAAAUCGUGUCCACUACCGACCAAAAAUAAAAAGGUAUCCCAAGGCCACCCGGCGGAUGCUCCUUCAUGUCCGCUGCUCAGCAAGAAGAAUGCGCUACCAGUCAAGGUGGAACCCGUGGCCAGCAUGCCAUGCAGCAUUAACAUCGGUUCAGUGAAAUCUGAGAACGCCUUGGAGCCACACAAGGAUGACAGCAUUAAAGAGGGAGAGCGGGCACUGGCUACGCUCAUUGCACCGAUGACAAUGGCCGCCUUCUUGAGUGAACACUGGGAGAAGGAGGCGUUCAGAGUGGCCAGCACAAGUACGGACAGAUUCUGCGAUCUAAUAUCAUUCAAUAUGAUCGAUCAGAUGCUGCUGCAGAACCACGUGGAGUACACCACGAACAUCGAUGUAACCAGCUAUGAGGACGGCGUGCGGCAGACCUUAAACCCGGACGGUCGUGCCUUGCCGCCCAGUGUUUGGGCACACUAUCGACGCGGCUGCAGCAUCCGCAUCCUGAAUCCCUCCACCUACCUUGUCGGGCUGCGGCAGUUGUGCAGCAAGCUGCAGGAGUUCUUCCACUGCCUGGUGGGGGCCAAUGUCUAUCUGACGCCACCCGAGAGCCAGGGAUUCGCUCCGCACUACGAUGAUAUUGAAGCCUUUGUGCUCCAGGUGGAGGGCAAGAAGCGCUGGCGCAUCUACCUGCCCACCAAAGAACUGCCCCGCGUAUCGUCGGGAAACCUCAGCCAGGCUGAGCUCGGGGAACCCCUCAUGGACAUCGUACUGAAUCCCGGCGAUGUGCUGUACUUUCCACGCGGCUGGAUCCACCAGGCCGUCACAGAGAAGAACUCGCAUUCGCUCCACAUUACGCUCAGCGCCUACCAGCAGCAGUCGUAUGCCAAUCUGAUGGAGAAACUUAUGCCCCUGGUCCUUGCGGAGAGUGUCGAGCAGAGCUUGAAUCUGCGCAAGGGCCUGCCGCUGAACAUCUGGAAGAAUCUUGGCGUGGCCAAUGAUAGUCUCAAGGGGCAGCAGCGCCAAAAGAUGAUCCAACACAUCCAGAAUCUGGCACAGCGCAUGGUGCCCACCGCCAAUCAGAUCGAUCAAGCCUUGGACCAGUUGGCCAUACGAUUCCAGCACGAGGCCCUGCCGCCCACCAUUGCGCCCGCGGAGAAGAAGCGCACUGUGUUCGGGAUACGGCACACCGCGGACGAAAAUGGCCGCUGCUCGCAUGACUACAAGUUCACAGCGUCGACGGCAGUGCGUCUGCUGCGUGCCAAUAUCGUGCGCCUCACGAUCGACGACGGUGUCCUGCGCUGCUACUACUACACGGACAAUGCCUUGGAGUACUGCAAAUAUGAGCCAAACUUCUUUGAGCUGGAGCACUGCCAGGCCACCACCAUACAGAAACUAAUUCAUGCCUAUCCCGAAUACGUGAAGAUCAAAGAUCUGCAGCCCAAGGAUACACUUCCGAAUGAAUUCGAAGAGCGCUUGGAGUUCGCCGAAGCCCUCUGGGAGCGCGGCAUCCUUAUGGUUGAGAAGCCCUUUAAAAAUCAUCCAUAAGUUGUAUUUGUACUACAACUAAGUAAUUGCCAAAUUCCCUGUUUGGCUCAUCCUUUUGUAAUUCGUGUUCUCCCGCAAAAUUUGCAAUUUGUUUGCGUCCCGAGUGUUAGGACAGCGACAGGGAGCUCGAACAAGAAAAUGUGU